CUGCCGUAUAAAUCGAAUCCUGGAGUCUCCACGGGGUAACGCACUGCUGGUGGGAGUAGGCGGAAGCGGCAAGCAGAGUCUGACCCGACUGGCCGCCUUCAUCUCCAAUCUGGAGGUUUUCCAGAUCACCUUGAGGAAGGGUUACGCUAUCACAGACCUCAAAAGUGACCUGGCAUCGCUUUACAUCAAAGCCGGCGUGAAGAAUAUUGGCACCGUGCUCUUAAUGACUGAUGCCCAAGUGGCAGACGAGAGGUUCCUCGUUCUGGUCAACGAUCUGUUGGCAUCGGGUAAGGGCAGGCUUCACUAAUUACUGUCUGUCACGUUUUGCAGGAGCGGAAAGGCUUUAGCUAUGUCGCAGCCA